AUGGCAUCCCGCAUACAAAAAAGGAUCAUAUACAUAGCAUUGGUGCUCUUCCUUGUUACGGGCCUAUUUAUAGUCGACAAGCGGCCGCAUCAGAAACAGGAGCACUCAAAGCUAUUUUCAUCGCUCCAAGAUAUGAUGCUGCUGGACAGCGAAAAAGAUAGCAAAUCUGACGACGAAGUCGAGCUAGAAGCUUGCACCACGCUCAAUCCCACUCGCGGCUUCAUUGAUCUCAGAGGCCUCACCAGCCACGCCCAAGAAGGUAAAUUCCAGGCGUGGUUGGCCAAGGACUACGAGUCCGGCAGAAACUUCACAGUGGGUGUCUGCCUGUCGCCCGUGAAGAAAUCCGUGUUGAGUACUGCAGCCUUCAAGGAUUCGGUGAACGCGUCGGAUGUGGGCGCUUAUUACAUCGAUCCGGAAACUGACAAGUACGUGCUGAUGGGCCAGUUUUCGGGCAAACCAGUGUUCAGAGGGAAAAAGUUGACCAUGACGUAUGAGAACGGCUCGUUCUGCGACUCGAUUUUGGCAAGGGAUGGGCUGAGGAUCCGUCGAAGCACAAUCCUUACAUUCACCUGUGACCGCGAGAUGCUCAACAAGGCCCAGGUCUCAUACAUUGCAUCGGCCCAGGAAUGCACUUACAUGUUUGAAAUCAGAUCCCAUUAUGCAUGCCCGACAGCGGCCAAAGCUGAUAACUUGGCUGCUAUCUGGAUAUUUCUCCUCAUCCUCAUGGCCGCAUUAUUGGUUUUCUUCUCCGGCAGUCUCAUCAUCAAAUCCUUGAGGGUCCUACACCUGAAAGGUACGCCCAUCCCUGAAAAAUAA